AUGUCUCAAAUUUUGGUCCAAAAUUACGGAAUUAUCACAAAUUUAACUGUGCCAAAAUCGCCAAAAUUACGCACCAAAAGUAGGGUUAAACCUUCUAAGUUUUUGCCGAUGGAAGAACAAGAAAUACUUGAAAUGGAACAGUAUAAAUUUGUGGCAAAACCGAUAAACACAAAAAUCUUUGAAGUUAAAGAAUUAGGUGUAUCAAAAAUUGUAAAGUCCGAACCUAGAAAGCCAUUAUCACCAGCGAUAACUAAUAUUGAACCACCAAAACAAAGAUUUACUAGUUCAUUACCCAAAAUUAAGUUUUAUCAUCCUAUACCUGAUUUCAAAGACCCAUUUAUGCCUUUAAUCGAGCACCGAAAAAUGGAAUUACCAAAUUUUUCAUUACCUGGUGAUGAAAUCCAUAAACGAAAGAUUAAAGAAAUUCAAGAGAAAAUGUUUAGAGAAAGAGAUGAAAUGGAUAAUGCGCGUAAAUUCAAAGCACAACCACUUCCAAGUGAUUCUCCUGAUGAUUUACCUCCACGUCACUAUUAUGCAUUAACUUAUCCAAAGCCAUUUGUAUUGGAAACAGAUAAUCGUGGCGAUAAGUAUCAACAAUCUUUUCGUGAACGUUUAAGAAAAUUAAACGAAAUUGAAAAGGAAAAUAGAUUUCAUGCGACACCACUUCCGAAUUUUGAACCACCAAUUCCAAAGAAACUUGUAAUUCCACCACCAACAAAACCAGUUGAAUUUAUCUUUAACACUGGUGUUCGUAUGUUGGAACGUAAGGCAUUUGAUGAACAAAGGAAGAUAAGAGAUUCAAUUGCUGAAGUACUUAGAGAACAAAAACGAAAGGAAGACGAGAAAAUACGUCAAUUGCGAACGGAAUUAGUACAUCGUGCUCAACCAAUUAAACAUUUUACAUCAGUAAAUAUUCGACCUUCAAAAAGGAAACCAACAAGAGCAGUAUCGCCACUUAUUGGUGAAAAACGACGUAAAAUUAUGAACUUACAAGGAGAAACAUCAUUUCAAUCUAGCACUCAAUUUAAUUCAAAUCACGAUACAAUUUCGGAGAUUAUAAAUCAGAAUUUUUGGUUGAAUAAAAAAUGUCUUUUACUAGAAGAGGUUGCUUUAAGUGUGGCAAUGGUUAUUGGGCAUUUUGCCGAUUCUUGCCCUGAACCUCAAAGGUUAUGUUAUAAUUGCAAGCAACCAGGGCAUGAGGCUAACCAGUGCCCUCAACCUAGAACCGCGGACUCUAAGCAAUGCUACUCUUGUGGUGGUGCUGACUGCCCCUCCGUACGUGGGAAUGGUAGUGGAAAUGGACGUUGUUACAGUUGUGGUCGUUUUGGUCAUUUGGCACGUAAUUGUUCAAAAGGUCGUGGUGGUGGAUAUGGUCGUAUUAUUUGUUAUAAAUGUGGUGGAUUCAAUCAUUAUGCUCGAGAUUGUCAAGCAAAUGGUGUUAAGUGUUACAAUUGCGGCCGUUUUGGGCACAUUUCUCGUGACUGUUCACAAGGUCCAGUUGAUAAAUCAGUCAAGACAUGUUACCGCUGUAGUGAACGUGGUCACAUUUCUAAGGAUUGUCCUAAGGGCUUACAACCUAAUUAA